AUGGCGUCGCAACCACCCGCAAAAGGUGCAUUCUUGAGUCCGCUCCAAGUGCCGACCUUUUCAGGAAGAGAGCGAUCCCCAUCCGGUGCUUCUUUGGGAUCAUCAUCAACCUGGUCUCCCACAGAUACCACUCAUCAAAAAUCAUCAUCUCCUCCAUCACCAUCAUCACCUACGUCUCUCACCUCACCUGCAUCACCCAUGUCCGCGACCCUUUCCCCAGAAAUGGCGAUAAAUGGAGAUUCAUCCCACCUGAGAGUCCACUCAUUCUCUCAUCGGCCCUCUUCGUCCAUCGACGGCGAGACGUUACGGGCCCGCUCGGAGUCCUUUGCCUCGUCGUCAGGCCCAACGCUACGCUCACGAGCUAGCUCGGUCGAUCCUUCUCAUCUGGCGAAGGAGUUUGACGAUGUUCCCGUCUCGGAAGCGCUUCAGUCAGAUGCUCGAACUGCAGCCGACUUUGAGGUCGAGAAUAAUCGCUUCGCCUUCUCCCCGGGUCAGCUGAAUAAGAUGCUGAACCCCAAAUCCCUGGCUGCGUUCUAUGCUUUGGGUGGGCUCCAGGGACUGGAGCGGGGUCUACGAACGGACCUACACGCUGGUCUCUCGAUAGAUGAGUGUUGUCUAGAGGGGACUGUCGAUUUUCAACAGGUCACUCCUCCUUUGUCUGAGAAAGAGAACAUGGUUGGCAGUGGGAAGUCGACAACAACAGAUGGGGAACAUCCAAUCGUGACCCCGGUAUCACUGUCUACUGGGGACGGUCUGCCUUACGAAGAUCGUGUUCGCGUCUUCAACGAGAACAGAUUACCGGAGCGCAAGUCAACGGGGUUCUGGAAAUUGCUGUGGAUGGCGUACAAUGACAAAAUUAUCAUCCUGUUGACAAUUGCAGCCAUCGUGUCACUUUCGCUGGGAAUCUACGAGACGGUAGAUGGAGGCACCGGGGUCGACUGGGUUGAAGGUGUGGCUAUCUGCGUGGCCAUUCUCAUUGUGACCGUGGUCACUGCCGUGAAUGACUGGCAAAAGGAGAGACAAUUCGCCAAGUUGAAUAAGCGGAAAAAUGACCGUGAGGUAAAAGUGAUUCGAUCCGGCAAGUCCAUGAUGAUCUCCAUCUUUGACAUUUUGGUCGGUGAUAUCCUGCACCUGGAGCCUGGUGAUGCCGUCCCUGCAGAUGGUGUCCUGAUCUCCGGCCACGGCAUCAAGUGUGACGAGUCAUCCGCAACGGGCGAGUCGGACCAGAUGAAGAAGACCGAUGGCCACGAGGUCUGGCAACAAAUCGUCGAGGGUACUGCGACCAGGAAGCUUGACCCCUUCUUGAUCUCCGGUAGUAAGGUCCUGGAAGGUGUCGGCACCUACCUUGUCACCAGCGUUGGGCCAUAUUCCUCAUAUGGCCGGAUCAUGAUGUCACUCCAGACUUCGAAUGACCCAACUCCUCUCCAGGUCAAGCUAGCUCGUCUGGCGGAUUGGAUUGGAUACAUGGGCUCAGCUGCUGCAAUCAUCCUGUUCUUCGUCCUCCUGUUUCGUUUCAUCGCCAAGCUUCCAGACCAUCCGGAUGUGAGCCCUGCGUUGAAGGGGCAGGAGUUUGUGGAUAUUUUGAUUGUCGCUGUGACGGUCAUUGUUGUUGCUAUCCCAGAGGGACUGCCAUUGGCCGUUACAUUGGCUCUAGCCUUUGCUACGACCCGAAUGGUAAAGGAAAAUAAUCUUGUACGAGUCUUGCGCGCUUGCGAGACCAUGGGAAACGCCACAGUCAUUUGCUCUGACAAGACGGGUACUCUCACCCAAAAUAAGAUGACGGUGGUCGCCGGUACCUGGGGUGCUAAGCAUCGAUUCGCUCAAUCAGCCGACAAACAAGCAGAGACACAGGUCAUGACGACUGCAGAGGCGUUCCAGAAAUGUUCACCAUCUGCGCGCGAUCUGAUCACCAAAAGCGUGGCGUUGAACUCCACUGCCUUUGAAGAAGAUCGCGAGGGUCAGCGCGACUUUGUUGGCAGUAAAACCGAGGUCGCUCUGCUUCAGAUGGUCCGAGAUCAUCUAGGCAUGGAUCUUACUACCGAGCGUGGAUCGGCAGAAGUCGUACAGCUUUUCCCCUUUGAUUCAGAUCGCAAGUGCAUGGGGGUUGUGUAUCGUGUCGCCGGGAUGGGCUAUCGCCUUCUUGUCAAGGGAGCAUCCGAGUUGAUGCUUGAUGCCUGUACUACCCGGGUCUCUAAAAUGGAAUCGACCAGGGAUGAUAUUUCGACAGAGGUCUUGUCCGCAGGUGCGAAGCAGAACGUCAUGGACCUGAUUGACCAAUAUGCUCGCGACUCACUUCGAACUAUCGGGUUUGUCUAUAAGGACGUCGACUCGUGGCCUCCAAAGGACGCGAAAAGACACGAGGAUGACCCUUCUUCCGCCGAUUUCAAGAGCGCCUUUCACGGUAUGACUUGGCUUGGAGUGGUCGGAAUUCAAGACCCUCUGCGUCCUGAGGUGCCUCCGGCCAUUGAGAAAUGCCGCACGGCAGGAGUCCAGGUGAAGAUGGUGACGGGCGACAACAUUGCCACUGCCACUGCCAUUGCCGAGUCUUGCGGUAUCAAGACCGACGGUGGUCUUGUAAUGGAAGGUCCUAAGUUCCGGCAACUAUCGGACGCGGAGAUGGACGACGUUGUCCCUCGACUUCAGGUUCUGGCUCGUUCUUCGCCUGAAGAUAAGCGCAUCCUGGUCGAACGAUUGAAAGCACUCGGUGAGACAGUCGCAGUCACAGGAGAUGGUACCAACGACGGCCCAGCCCUGCGUACUGCUGACGUGGGCUUCUCUAUGGGUAUCGCUGGUACCGAAGUUGCUAAGGAGGCCAGUUCGAUUAUCUUGUUGGAUGACAAUUUCCGCUCAAUCGUGACCGCAAUCUCAUGGGGAAGAGCCGUGAAUGACGCCGUUGCCAAGUUCUUGCAGUUCCAGAUCACUGUGAACAUUACCGCUGUGGCUUUGACCUUUGUAUCGGCCGUCUACAGCAGUUCGAAUAACAGUGUACUGAAUGCUGUUCAGCUUCUUUGGGUGAACUUGAUCAUGGACACCUUUGCUGCACUAGCACUGGCUACUGAUGCUCCCACGGAGAAGAUCCUCGACCGCAAGCCAGUGCCAAAGAGCGCUUCCUUGUUCACUCUUACCAUGUGGAAAAUGAUUCUCGGCCAAGCCAUUUAUCAACUGGCCGUGACCUUCAUGCUUUACUUUGCUGGAGACCGCCUCCUCAGCGCUCAUCUCGACCCAGUUGACCUUACGCAUCGCUCAAAGCAACUUUCCACCGUGGUAUUCAACACUUUUGUGUGGAUGCAAAUCUUCAACGAGUUCAACAACCGACGUCUCGACAACCAUUUCAAUAUCUUCGAAGGCAUGUUCCGAAACUACUGGUUCCUGGGUAUCAACGCCAUAAUGAUCGGCGGCCAGAUCAUGAUCGUGUACGUGGGAGGCCAGGCCUUUGGCGUGACUCGACUCAGCGGGAUUCUCUGGGCAGUUUGCAUUAUUUGCGCCUUAGGCUGUCUACCAUGGGCCGUGGCUCUGCGUACUCUUCCAGAUCGCCACUUCGGAACUGUGUUCAACGGGGUCGUCGGGGCCAUGCAAUUCAUCUUGCGUCCGGUACUGAAAGGUUUCGGUGCGAUUGCAUCGGGUGUCAAGUCCUUGUUGAGACCUGUUGGUCGAUUUUCCCGUCGUAUGUUUUCUCGCGGUCAUCGCAAAGGCGAGAAUUCUUCGGACGUUGCGAUGGAGAUUCCACCCAGGGCUCAAGCCGUGGACGAGGAAGCUCGUACCCAGGUCAAGGUCGCACGAAGCGAAAGUCGCGAUGAUCUUGAAGCUUCGGUCCCCAGAACUCCGGUUCAAGCGAUGUCAGUUCCUCCUAUUCUUGUCACGGCUUCUCCGUGA